AUGAGCUUGCUAUGCUCACUUGUUGCCGUCCUGUUGGUCGCCCUUGUGAGCGCCGGCGAUGAGGCCGCAUUGCUUGCUUUCAAAGUGCAGCUCAGCCAUGGCGGCUCGCUGGCCUCCUGGAACAGCAGCAGCACCGGCUUCUGCAGCUGGGAAGGCGUGACGUGCAACCACCGGAGGCCAGCGCGGGUGGUGGAACUAAGAUUGAGCGGCGCCGGGCUCACCGGACCGCUCUCCCCGGCAAUCGGGAACCUCACUUUCCUGCGGAUGCUCGACCUGGGUGUCAACUCGCUAUACGGGGACAUUCCAGCAAGCCUCGGCCGCCUCCGUCGCCUGCGGUGGCUCUACUUGGGCAAGAACUCCUUCUCCGGCACAUUGCCAGCGAACCUGAGCUCCUGCAUCAGCAUGACUGAAAUGAGACUGGAUAACAACACGCUUGGCGGGCACAUCCCGGCUGAGCUUGGCGAGAAGCUCAAGUACCUGACAGUGCUCAUGCUGAGAAACAACGGCUUCACAGGGUCCAUCCCGGCGUCACUGGCCAAUCUUUCCCAUCUACAGAGCAUGCGAUAUUUCAAUCUCUUCGGAAACAAUCUUGUGAGCCCAAUCCCACCAGGGCUCGGAAGUUUCCAGAGCAUGCGAUAUUUCAAUGUCGCCGAAAACAACCUCCAUGGUAUGCUCCCACCUUCUCUUUACAACUGGUCGUCAUUGGCAGUAUUUGAUGUCGGCUCGAAUAUGUUGUACGGAAGCAUUCCGGAUGAUAUCGGAUGCAAGCUCCCCAAGUUGGAAAGGCUUGGCUUGGGUUUCAAUCACUUCACAGGAACCAUCCCUUCCUCAAUAUCCAACAUAUCUUCCCUCAUAUCACUUGACCUCACACAGAACAAAUUUAGUGGGUAUAUGCCUCCCACAUUGGGGAGGCUCGCAGCUCUCCAAUAUCUGGAGUUGGGUAACAAUGAAAUCGAAGCGAAUGACAACAAGGGGUGGGAAUUUAUAACAUCCUUGGCAAAUUGCAGCCAACUGCAGCAAUUGGCACUAUACAAAAAUUCCUUUGGAGGACAACUACCGGGUUCAAUUGUGAACCUCUCAACGACUCUCCAGCGGUUAAACUUACAUGACAAUAGGGUCUCUGGGAGUAUACCUGCAGACAUCGGCAACUUGGUUGGUUUGGAAUUACUUGUGAUAGCAAAUACUCCCAUAUCCGGAGUGAUUCCCGAGAGCAUCGGUAAGCUAGUAAAAUUGAUCGAGCUAGCCUUGCAUAAUAAUAGCUUGUCUGGCCUCAUACCAUCAUCGCUAGGGAACCUUUCGCAGUUGAGUAUCCUUUCUGCAUACCAAGGAAACUUGGAGGGGCCAAUUCCGGCAAGCCUCGGGGACUUGAAAAAACUUGUUGUGCUCGAUCUGUCAAUGAACUACAGACUUAAUGGUUCAAUACCUAGAGAGAUUUUUAAAUUGCCUAGCCUUUCUAGGUACUUGGACUUGUCAUAUAAUUCCCUUUCGGGACCCCUUCCUAAUGAAGUUGGUAGUUUGUCAAAUCUUAACCGACUUGCUCUAUCAGGAAACCGGUUGUCUGGCAAGAUACCCGACAGCAUUCAGAAUUGUGUAGUAUUGGAAUCUCUAAGAUUAUACAACAAUUCAUUUGAGGGAAGCAUACCUCGGUCGCUGACAAAUAUAAAGGGGCUCCGUAUACUGGUCCUAACCAUGAAUAAGUUCUCUGGUAAUAUUCCUGAGGCCCUUGGUAGCAUUAGAAACCUGGAGGGACUGUACCUAGCACACAACAACUUCUCUGGGUCAAUCCCAUUAGUUCUACAGAAUUUGACAUCAUUGUCUGAACUGGAUAUAUCCUUCAAUAAUUUGCAAGGUGAGGUGCCAAAUGAAGGUGUUUUCAGAAACAUCACUUACUUAGCAGUUAAUGGGAAUGUCAAUUUGUGUGGUGGUACACCUCAACUUCAUUUGCCUCCAUGCUCCAUAAGAAAGAACAAAAAAAAGAUGCCAAAGUCUCUCGUAAUCUCUCUAGUAAUAGCUGGAGCAAUCUUGUUUUCACUUUCAGUUAUUCUUCUUGUUUGGAUACUUUGCAAGAAGCUCAAACCAAGCCAGAAGAUAUUAGCACAAAAUUCAAUUGCUGAUGACCAUUACAAGAGAAUCCCCUAUCAUGCAUUAUUGAGAGGAACUAACAAUUUUUCAGAAGCCAACUUGCUUGGAAGAGGAAGUUAUGGUGUGGUUUAUACGUGUAUUUUGGACAACGAAGAAAGAACAUUGGCUGUCAAGGUGUUUAAUCUCAAUCAAUCUAGGUAUUCCAAGAGUUUUCAGGUCGAGUGUGAGGCCAUGAGAAGAAUACGACACCGCUGUCUCAUUAAGAUCAUUACGUCUUGUUCAAGCGUCAACCACCAAGGUCAAGAUUUCAAGGCAUUAGUUUUUGAGUUCAUGCCCAAUGGUAGCUUGGAUGGUUGGCUUCAUCCAAAAUCACAAGAGCCCACUUUAAACAACACACUCAGCCUUGCCCAGAGACUUGAUAUUGCUGUCGAUAUUAUGGAUGCGGUAGAAUAUUUGCACAACUACUGUCAAUCUUUGGUAAUCCAUUGUGACCUUAAGCCAAGCAACAUUCUUCUUGAUGAAGACAUGAGCGCACGAGUUGGAGACUUUGGCAUAUCAAGGAUCCUUCAAGAAAAUACAAGUGAGGGGAUGCAAACUUCAUAUAGCUCAACUGGAAUUAGAGGUUCCAUAGGCUAUGUUGCUCCAGAGUACGGAGAAGGAUCUGCUGUCUCAACACCCGGCGAUAUCUAUAGUCUUGGCAUAUUGCUGCUUGAGAUGUUUACCGGAAGGAGCCCAACGGAAGGCACUUUCAGAGAUUCAUUGGAUCUGCAUAAGUUUGCUGAGGAUGCUCUUCCAGAUAGAACCUUGGAGAUAGCUGACCCAACAAUCUGGCUACACAAUGGACAACAGGAUAACACUACAAGUAUUAGAAUCCAGGAGUGCUUGCUUUCAGUCUUGAGGCUUGGCAUAUCCUGCUCAAAGACACGAGCUCAAGACCGAGCACCGACAAGAGAUGCAGCGGCAGAGAUGCAUGCAAUCAGAGAUGCAUACCUCCUGUUUGCUGGUAAGCGUAUAGGGGAGCAUGGAGGGCCUCGGCUUGAGACAUUUGAGCUAGAAUGAUAUGAGCCUUCAACAAUAGAUGUGUGUAUGUAUGUCACUUCAGUUUGUGUUUUGUUUGUCAUGGGGCCCAUUUUAUUUGCAACAAAAUGAGGUCUCUAUUUUCUAUGUAGGUUUUUG